AUGAUGCUGGUCAUACGAGGCGCAGCGGCGCAAGGAAGUCGCUGGCGGCUCGACCGGAGCAACGCGGCGUGCCUGAUCAAUGUGGGCUGCAACACGACCCUCACGUUCGACACCACGCUGAGCCCGUUCAACGGCGCCUUCGACGAGCAGAUCGUUCUCGGACAGGGAACCAGCAUCACGGCCUCGAACGGCGCGCAGUACUUCCUGGACGAGGACCUCACCCUGCGGCUCAGCUCCCGCGAGGCGUUCCAGACCACGUACUACCUCGGGUCGGUCUUCAAGAACUACCUCGCGGUGAAGGGCCUCGGGGAGGAGGCGGUGCCGUCGUGCGCCACGGCCACCAUCGACCGCAGCACGCAGCGGUGCUGCUCCGCCUCCAACACCCUCUACACCCUCAAGACCGUCGAAACGCUCGAUCUGUGGGGCUUCGAGGGCGUCACGACCCGCGCGUUCUCCUUCGACGUCGGGGCGCAAAAGGGCUUCCGCACCGCGGCCGCGCGCAUGGAGAGCGCCGCCCAGGACUCGUUGACCGACCUCGACUCCCCCUUCCCCACCGACCUGUCGAGCCCCGCGCCGGGCAUCCCGUACCUGUCCGCGGUGUUCGCGGGCGGCCCGAAGGACGAGGUGCGCAUGCCGAAGCUCGACCUGCCGCCGAUGUGGGCCGUGGGCGUCGCGGCGGCGCCCGAGGAGCCACUGGUGUUGCUGGAAAGCCAGUACAUUGGCUCGAGCCACGGCAAGGUGGGGAUGUCGGCCGAGUCGUGGACGGCGUGGUGGGACGCGAACGGCGGCUGCAGCAACCCGGAGGAGAGCGUGCGGAUCGCGGGGGGGUCCGCCAGCGACCAGCUCAGCGCGUUCCGCACCCGCACGUUUGCCGAGGUGAUGGCGCCGGAGGGACGCACGUGCGAGCCCGUGCGGGGACCGCAGUACACUCUCGCAGAUCCGGCCAAGGCGAACAGCGCAGCGGGCGAGAACCGUCAGACGAUCGCGUGCGACCACGGCGGGUCGCUCUCGCUGCAGGUCCAGGUCGACGUGGGCUUCUUCAACGUCUCGGUUGGCGCUCCGCAGCUGGCGGUGCGGGACUUCGGGUCGCUGCCGUGGUCCCCCGGGGGCACGAGCACGACGCUCUUCGUGGAGCUCGCGAACGAGGGCGACGCGGACGGGACGUACACGGUGACCACGGAGCAGUGCUGCGCCGACGGGGACUGCGGCGGCGGCGUGGUGGCCAUCUCGGACGUGCGCCAGGAGGCAGUCAUCGCCUCGGGAGGGUUCCGACGCUUCACCUACCUGGUGUCCACGCCCCAGGUGGUCGAGACGACGAAGACCAUCGUCUGCCGCUUCACUGCCAGCAUGGCCGGCAACUUCGAGCCCAUCCCCGUCUCCGUGCAGCUCCUGGCACUCCCCCCCACGCCGACUCAGCCGCCGACGACGCAGGGCCCCGCGACGACCGCCGCCCGGCCGACGAGCCCGCCGCGGACUGAGCCCGUCCAGAACGCAACCGUCGGCCCGACGCCCACGCCGGCGCCGCCCGCCCCCACGGACGCCCCUGCCGCCUUCGCUGGCCCGCGCUACGUCGCGGCCGUGCUGAGCCUGACCGCGGACCCGCUCGAACCCCUCACCCCGACCUCGCUCGGCGUCAUCCAGACCGCGGUCUCGUCGGUCAUUCCCGGCGUGUCCCGCGACGACGUGUUCGUCGCCGCAGGCGGUCUCCGCCGCACCCUGCUGGCGCCCUCCACGCGCCUUGCCGGGGUCGAGAUCUCCGGCGCGGCGGUGCUCGUCGAUGCCGACGCCGUCGCUUCGGCGCUCGUCGACGCCGCGUCGUCCGGCUCGCUCGCUCUCGUCCUCGGCGCCCUCGGAAUGCCUGACGUCUCCGUCGUCAUCGUGUCGGGCCCCAACACCGUCGCGGGGCCCGGCCGCGCCGCGAACGUCACGCUCGGACAGCGCGUCGAGGUCGGCGGGGAACAGACCAGCGCGGGCGGCUCCGACAAGUGGGACCCUUCGGCGUUCUCGAUGUCUGGGUUCGGUCUCCUGAUCACCAUGAUGCUGGUCAUCCUGGCCGUCUCCGUCGGGGUUGCCGGCACCGUCAUCUACGUCCGCAGGAAGAGGCGGAGCCGCGCGGAGCUGGACGGAGUCGACGCCGACCCCGAAGCGUACGAGUACGACACGCAGCACAGCGGGGCCCCGAUGAUGGGCGCGUACGGCGCGGAGCAGUACGAGCUGGACGCCAGCUUCAACCCUCACCUGCAGCCCCACGUGGGCGCCGACACCCUGUCAGUGCACAACGUGUCCAUGGGGUUCCAGCACGGCGCGGCGAUCGACCACCUGCCCGAGGAGGUGCUCGACCCCGCGCUGGACCCGAUGCUCGACGAGUCGGCCAGCGUCGCGCCGAGCCGCGCGCCGCCGCCGAGCAUGGCCGGGCGGAGCAUUGCGCCCCCCGCCAGCAUGGCGGCACGCAGUUUCGUGCCGCCGAUGAGCGUGGCGGGCCGCAGCUACGCGCCGAGCGCAGCGGGCCGCAGCAUGGCGGCGCGCACCGUGGCGGCGCACGCGCACGGCAGCAUCGCGCGCGCCCACGGGGCCCUGGCAGCGCGCGGGCGCGGACCCAUGGGCGCGCCCUCCGCCGUGGGGUCGCACCGCAGCAGCCGCCGCCACGGCUGA